AUGUCGACGCGAUCGCAUACGGGGUGUUGGACGUGUAAGCGACGGCGGCGCCGGUGCGAUAAUGCGCGCCCUUUGUGUCGGAAUUGCGCUGAGCGCGGGGUUGAGUGUGAGGGUUAUGAGGUUCGGCUGCGAUGGGGCGCAGGGAUUGCGUCGAGGGGGCGCUUUACGGGGGCUGAUAAGCCGGUUAAGGAUUCUGUGCCGCCGAGGGAGAAGGGGAGAAAGAGGGAUUUGAGUAGGGAGCGGAGGAAGUUGGAGAGGUCUGAACGAUUAAAGUCUGGCUCUGAUGGGAGUCAUGAACUGGAUUUCGGUGAGAGGGUUGAGGUUGGAGAUGAGGCCCUUUUCAAUGAAUUUAUGAACAAUGGGAUCAAUGCCCUUCAUUCAACCACAGCCAGAGACAGUAUGCUUCAUCUACGACUACCGGAGCUCUGUCAACAAUCCCGCGCUUUGUAUUCCAUCUGCAUUGCAUUCCAACUCGCGUUGUCGAGUACAGUCACUCCUCGAUUCUGCGAGUAUUUUGACACUGCAUUAAGAACAUUUCGAUCGGAGCUGGCAUGCAGCACGACCCUUUCCGAUGGGACUUUAACAUCCGGACUCCUGCUGUGUAGCAUUGGCCUGAUGCACGGCUUACCCUGGACUAUGCAUCUAGAAGGGAUGCACCGCAUUCUGCAGUGCAACGGCCUGGACGAUGUACAUCGCCCGUCUACUCCGACUUAUUUUCGCAUCCACCUCGUCGAGGUAAUGGGUCUCAUGGAUCUUCCUUGUUUUGCUGUCGGUCGCCAGAGCUCGGUAAUUGGUAUCUGGCGCCGAUAUUGCCAGCACGCUGCCCCGAGGUAUGGGAUUGAGCCUGUAAGCGGUCUGCCUCGGACAUUGCUCGACAUAUUUGCCGGGAUCGGUUCGGAAACUACAGAGCAGACGUUCUGGGAUUGGUCAGGCGAGCAAGGCAGUUUUCUGCAAUGUUAUCUGUGGGAGGCGCACCAGCUUGCUGGUAUCCUGGCACUACGAAGACAGGCUAACGCCCCUGUGUCUUCCCCCGAGAACAACGUCUCGGCCUGGCGACAACCCGCCAGGUGUCCGGCGGAUACUAUAGUUCUUGUUUCACGAAUCCUAGCGAGUCUUGAUGCCCUACGCCUUGCAUCUAUUGAGCGCCCGCUCGAGGAUGCACACAUCGUAAACGCGAUCCUGUUCCCCACGUUCAUCGUGGGAUUGGAGGUAGAGGUGUUGUGUCACAAGCCCGAGUGGCAGCAGAUCAUCCGGAACAGCUUGCUGGAUUCCCGCCAAUGUGAAAUUCUUCUCAGUUUGUUGGAAGAGCUAUGGCAAAGGGCAGAUUCUAGUCUUAGUGUGCAUGAUUUGGCACGACAAAGAGGUAUUGAAAUGGGGUUGAUAUAA